AAAAAAAGGGGGGUUGGGGGGAGGAAGGAGGAAGAGGAGGGCUGCAUUCCCAUUGACUGAGAGAGAGAGAGAGAGAGAGAGACAGAAAGAGAGAGAGAGAGAGAGAGAGAGAGAGAGGCAGCACGGACUCCGCCUAUACCGCCCUAACAUCCAGCUCCAGUCCGACGACGGCACCACAGACCAGCCGUGUGAUCCAGGGGCCCCCUCAUCGCGACUCCCGGCGUGUGAAAAAUGGGCUCCCCGUGAAUCCGGGCGGUGGAGGGCAGAGGCGGGCAGGCGGGGGGUGGGGGGGAUCGACGACGAGAGCGUGGUGGGAGAAACACCCAGAGAGGACAAACAAAAGCACAACCGAGGGUGCCUGCAACCAUGAGCGGCUUGCACUAUUCGCCAGAGCUGCGGCUGCCGCUGCCGCUCUGCCCGCGGACCAUGUCGUGAGGUGUGGCUCGGAAACGCUCCGGGGAACCUGUCAGCCGAAACGACUCGCCGAGGAGGAGGAGGAGGAGGUGGUGGUGGUGGUGGAGGUGGAGGUGGGGUGGUGGUGGUGGAAAAGAUGUCCGCCUCGGUGGGGCCCCAGGGUGGCCCUCGCCCACCCACCGUGCCGCCAUCCAUGCCGGAUCUGCCGGACCUCAGCCAUCUCACCGAGGAGGAGAGGAAGAUCAUCAUGGCAGUGAUGGCUCGGCAAAAGGAGGAAGAGGAUAAAGAACAAGCCAUGCUAAAAACACUGCACCAGCAGUUUGAGAGCUACAAACAGGAGGUGCGUCGCAUCGGGGCGGAGACGCGGCGUCAACAGACCCAGCAGAAGGACGACGCGCCCACCUGUGGCAUCUGCCGCAAGACCAAGUUUGCUGACGGCUGUGGCCACCUCUGCUCCUACUGCCAGACCAAAUUCUGCGCUCGCUGUGGAGGGCGGGUCUCUCUGCGCUCCAACAAUGAGGACAAAGUGUGUCUCAUAGUGAAGGACAGGGUAAUGUGGGUAUGCAACCUGUGCCGUAAACAGCAGGAGAUUCUUACCAAAUCAGGAGAAUGGUUUUCGGGGUCAGGGGUGCGGCCUGGGAGCCUGGGCACCUCUGUGAACAACCCAGCCACUGGAGGUGAGGCCCAACGGGACAGGAAGCUACUCCGCUCCAGGUCCCAAGCCCCACCCUCCGGCAUCAACACCAACGCAGGGCCACCGGACGGGACGCAGCCGCCCACUGGUGUCACUUCUGCCAAGGGUGCUGACACCAUGCCCGGCUCCCGCUCCCAAAGUGAACCACCUAGAGAAAAGAAAAGGCCAGUUUCCCUCCAUGAACAAAAUGGUAAGGGAGGAAUGGGGCGUGGUAGUGGCCGUAGACCUGGUGGGAAGUUGCCAUCUCAGUCAUCACUGGAUGAGCGAGUGGUUCCUGGGGACAGAGGUGAGAGACGCUUAGGAGACGGACGGAGGCUGGAGAAGAUCCAUUCUCAGGACUACGAGGAUGGGGAGGGGAACUUGGGUCGUCCAGAAACACACCGGAGACGCCCAGAGGAUGAGGAGCAGAGGGAGCGCCAGCGCCGCGAGGAGGAGUUCCAGAAUCGUUAUCGUAGUGAUCCCAACCUGGCACGAUACCCGGUAAAACCGCAGAAGGAGGAGCAGGAGAUGCGCAUGCAUGCUAAGGUGUCCAAGGUCCGCCACGAACGACGACACAGUGAUCUGGCUAUCAACGAGGUCGGACUGGGGCCUGAAGGAGGGGGUAGUGGAAGUGGAGGGGAGGUGCCUGAAAACCGUCUGGCCAGGAGGGGUGGAGGUGGUGAGGGAGAUCACAAGGCCCUCUUGGAGAACCACCGAGCCUACUCUGUGGAUAGGACCGUGGGGGGUGGAGGGGGAGCUCCACCUGCAGGAGGUGGAGUGAGAUCAGGACCCCAACCUGGGGGACCGGUGCCUCCAGACUGGGGCCCAAACAAAGGCCGCCUCGAGCCUGGUACAACACGGACACCAAGGGACAAGGGUGGGGAUAACCUGCUGAGGAAGGACUCUCAGAGCUCGGACCAGUCGGAGUCUUUGCGGCCGCCCCCUCCACGGUCAUACAAGAGCAAGCGCGGAGUCAACAAGAGGCAGAUGUCCAUCAGCAGCUCAGAGGAGGAAGGCGGCUCCACGCCCGAGUACACCAGCUGUGAGGACGUGGACAUGGAAAGCGUCAGCGAGAAAGGUGACUGGGACUGUCAUUCUCUAGAUCCUACAGUGUGGCAUCAUCCAGUUACAUGGCAGCCAUCCAAAGAGGGUGACCACCUAAUCGGACGCAUCACGCUAAGCAAGAGGUCGGCAAUGCCCCGCGAGGCUGGCUCCCUCCUCGGCCUAAAAGUGGUAGGAGGGAAGAUGACAGAGACAGGGAGACUUGGGGCCUUUAUCACCAAAGUCAAGAAAGGCAGCCUUGCAGAUGUUGUGGGACACCUACGAGCAGGUGACGAGGUGCUUCAGUGGAAUGGGAAAUCGUUGCCCGGAGCAACAAAGAAAGAAGUGUACAACAUUAUCCUUGAAUCCAAGGCUGAACCUCAAGUGGAAAUAGUUGUUUCAAGACCUAUAGGAGACAUCCCAAGAAUCCCAGAGUCAUCCCAUCCUCCUCUAGAAUCUACGGGCUCCAGUUCCUUUGAGUCACAAAAGAUGGACCGUCCCUCGAUAUCAGUGAUGUCCCCUACCAGCCCCGGGACCCUCCGAGACCUUCCUCUGGUACUGCCUGGACAGCUCUCUGUGAAGCUGUGGUACGACAAAGUGGGCCAUCAAUUGAUCGUCAACGUCCUUCAAGCCAUAGACCUGCCACCCCGACCAGACGGACGACCUCGUAACCCCUAUGUAAAGAUGUACUUCUUGCCUGAUAGGAGUGAUAAGAGUAAACGACGGACUAAAACAGUGAAGAAGAGCGCUGAGCCCAAGUGGAACCAGACCUUCUUAUAUUCCCACGUUCACCGACGGGACUUCAGAGAGCGCAUGCUGGAGAUCACAGUCUGGGACCAGCCCAGAGUCCAGGAGGAGGAGAGUGAAUUCCUGGGAGAGAUCCUGAUAGAGUUGGAGACGGCCCUGCUGGACGACAUUCCUCAUUGGUAUAAACUCCAAACACAUGACAUGUCCUCUAUACCUCUGCCCCAGCCCUCCCCGUACCUCCCACGCAGACACGUCCACGGAGACAGCCCCAGCAAGAAACUACAGAGUGCAGAGCGUAACUCCAGGGAGAGAGAGCGGGGCAGUACGUUGGCUGUGCCUGAGCAGCAGCGUCCCGUCCAGCACCGGUCACGUUCAGUGUCUCCUCACAGAGAGGACUCCUGCAGGGCUCGGUCACGGCCCGCACAUGUGCCCAUGCAAAGGAGUCUGGAUGAGAUCCACCAGAACCGCCACCACUCCCACUCCCCCUCCCGCUACCAUGACUCCCACUUAGAGCACCAACGCUCUGGGGACUCGGACUACGAGUACUCUGAGGACAGUGAGGUCCUGGAGAUGCACAGGUCUAUCCGAGGCGGGAGUGCUGAGUGCCUGCACACAAACAGCUCCACCCUCCCCGCAUGCCUAAAGAGCAAGCCGCCCCACAGACAGGAGGGGGGCAGCACCAUGCCUCGUAGCAUCCUUACACACCGUGUGCUCAGGUUCACUGAUGAGGUCACAGUUAGCGACCUGCAGCCGUCGUUGGACAGAGUGAGGAGUGCCAGCACCACUUGUCUGAGACCAGACACCAACUUUCACUCCCCUGAAAGAGACAGGUGCUCCAACUCUUUGCCCCGCAAGACUCUCCCCAGCCCCCGGAUCUUAGUAGAACAUGUGGCCCCUGAAGAAGACAGGCAGUGUAGCAAUUCAUCAAGUCCGAACUGUCAAAGGGGCAGCAAAAAAAGCCUGGAGGGGGACAGUCGUAUCCAGCCCACCUCUAUCCUGAGGGGCAGUAGGGGGAGAGGGGGCCCGCUGAGGCCCUUUGGCCAGACAGUCCUGGCUGGGUCCUGCCCAAACUCGCCACGGCUAGACAGAGCACACCCUCACGGCAGCCCCUCCUCUCCAACGGGGACUCCCUCAUCAGGUCGCAGGGGCAGGCAGCUGCCUCAGCUCCCUGCAAAAAGCAGCAGUAUAGAGCAAGCCCUUGCAGUAGAGGAGCGAGCCCGACAGCUGCAGAUGAAAGUACAUUCCUACCGGCCUUCAGCCUCCCACGACCCUGAGACGGACCUCAAGACCAAACGGGAGAUGUACGCAGAAAAGAGGUGUAGCAGUGACAACAUGUCGGCCAGAUCGUCAGACAGUGAUAGGAGCGAUGUGUCAGCCCUCUCCCGUGCCAGCAGUGCCUCCCGCCUCAGUAGCACCAGCUACAUGUCUAUCCAAUCAGAACGACCUGGAGGACGACUCAGUCGGCAGUUGCGAUCGGUGGGCCGCAGCAUGCUGAAGAGCUCCAGCGUGAGCGGGGAGAUCUACACCCAGGAGCGCACCGACGGCAGCCAAUCAGACACGGCGCUGGGCACAGUGGGUAGUGGCAGCAAGAAGAGACGCUCCAGCCUCAGCGCGCGGGUGGUGGCCAUCGUUGGCAACCGCCGCAGCCGCAGCACUUCACAGAUCAGCGGCCCUGAGGGAAAGAGUAAGAAGGAGAAGGGCGCACCGAUCCAAAGGAGCACAGAAACCGGCAUGGCAGUCGAGCUGACCAGGAACAUGAGUCGCCAGCCCAGCAGAGAGUCCAACAACGGCAGCAUGAACAGCUACAACUCUGAGGGAAAUUUGAUCUUCUCUGGAGUCAAUCUGGGUGCCAGCAGUCAGUUCAGUGACUUCCUGGACGGCCUAGGACCGGCUCAGCUAGUGGGGAGACAAACACUGGCCACUCCAGCCAUAGGUGACAUCCAGAUUGGCAUGAUGGAGAAAAAGGGUCAGCUGGAGGUAGAAGUUAUCAGAGCACGAGGACUCGUACAAAAACCAGGAUCCAAAUCCCUCCCUGCUCCAUAUGUCAAGGUCUAUCUGCUGAAUAAUGGAGCGUACGUAGCCAAAAAGAAAACCAAGAUUGCACGGAAAACACUUGACCCACUGUACCAGCAAGCACUGCUAUUUGAGGAAAGCCCACAGGGUAAAGUCUUACAGGUGAUUGUAUGGGGCGAUUACGGCCGCAUGGACCAUAAAAGCUUCAUGGGAGUUGCACAAAUCCUAUUGGAGGAACUGGACUUAUCAAGCACAGUCAUUGGUUGGUACAAGUUGUUCCCACCGUCCUCCUUGGUGGAUCCGACACUUGCCUCCUUAACGCGGCGGGCUUCCCAGUCGUCACUUGACAGCUCCUCCGGACCUCCCGGGGUCCGAUCCUAGUGGACCAACAGCUCUACACCGCUCGACGAGUAACAAACUCAUGAAACGUACUGUAGAGAGAAACAAACAAAAAACAAGAUGGCAGAAAUGUAGAACAACAACAAUCAGAAACAGUCAAAAUGAGAAAGCUUUGUUGAGAUCUGACAAUCACUCCUGUCGCGGUUAAUUUUGUCUGUUGUACGGAGCGCCACAUUUCAGUGUUUCAUAUCCAUUCAGAAAAUCUCAUCAUGUUUCUCUGUGUAUGCUGAAGAAGCAGGGCUGUCGAACAGACAACACGCAGUAGCUCUCAAGACGAGAGACAAAAAAUAAAAGAGUGUCAGAGAAUCAAAUGAAGCAGGGUGAUUUUUAACUGAAUCAACAAUAGCAAAGAAAUGUACGUAAGCAUCGGAAUGUAUGGACUCGAGACAGAGGUAAUCACCCUCCACACCUGCAGGGGGCGCAGUCCUCCCUGCAGUGGCCUCCUCCAGAACCCCAACAGACUGCCGGCACUCCUGCCCCCAGGCAGGAUGCCCCCGUAUGGGUAUUCAGUCUGGAAGCACAGGGCCUUCUUCUGGUGCCUAGACCUUGGAGCCGCAUCACUGGUCCCUCUCUCUGUUGAAAAAUCCUCUUUUCAGUAUGUUUACCAUGGCUGCUCUGAGGCCACACUGUUUUAGCGUGUUUGCUUUGUCGUUCAUUUCUUUCCCUUUGUUACUACUGGCACAAAAUGUUUUUACAGUGCGUAAAAUGCUCAUGAUAAUGUUGUCAGUCUGGUGUGUGCAUGGAGAGAAAAACAAAACACAAGUGAUUAAAAAAAAAGGAUAUAAAAACUAUUAAAUGUCUGCAAGUGUUAUGCAGGGGGGGACUGGUGAUGAUGACACAGCUUAGAUUUUUACACUUGACAGUGAGAUUAGCGUGCAGCGUUGUUUUCCUUGUUCCACCGCUGGCAAACGUCCAGGCCAGUUGUCUUUGUAUAGAUGUAUAUUAGGCCUCCCAGGAGGUUGACCAAUAAAUAAAAUUUAUGUCACUUUGAAAUAUCACAAGGGUAAAAACAUCACUGUAAAAAAAAAAAAAGUAACCGCAAAAGCAAGAUAGGACCGUCUAAUUUUUCACAUUUUUUGGGGAGUGCAGUCCCUCACCCCAGCACGUUUCUAUCCGACCCUUAGUUUACAUUCUUUUGAAAUUUAAACACAAGCACAAGAGCUUGAUUUUUUUACAACAAAAAGUUUAACUUUUUGAAAAAAACACGUAGUUGAAAAAAAGAAAAAAAGCAACAAUCCCGUCACAUUCAUUUCUCUGUCUAGUUGUUGAUAGACAAACAGAAAAAGAAGAAUCGCUCACAGUUUCCCUUGUGCAUCUCUGUGAAUGUGAAAGUAACCAAUCAGACUGAUCUGUCGGGACUCCAAAACCAAUGCUCAUCCUCCGUUCGGCCUGCAGUCUCCGCCCACUGGGGAAAAAAGGCGGCGGCCAGCAUGACUUUGGAACCUGUUCCAAGCUGCAUGCACAUUUUUGUAAAACAAAACAGAUACAGGAAAAAAAGAUAACUGAUCUAGAUACGUGUGUUAGUUCCACAUACUGUAGGGCCGCUUGUAUGUUGCAUGCAGUUGUACAGUUUGCUCGUACUUGAAUAUUAAAGAGAUAAAACCAAGAAACCGAAGCCAUUCCCAUUACGCAACGACAUCUGAACUCAACUGCAGUCAGUUCCACAUCCCCCCAGUCCGGUGCUGAAUGUCUCUCAAACUAAAUCCCAAGAUUACCUUGAUGUCUCUCCUCGACCCUCUGGAAGAUGUACAGUACUGUACAGUGGUACUGAGCAGACCUCACAGCCCCUCUUACUGUUAUUCCACAUCAUAGUAUACCUCCAAGGGGCUGAGAUGAUGUAUGAAUAAAUAUGUACAAAUCAGAUCCGCUUAUAUGGAAAUAUGAAUUAUGUUUCAACAUAAUGAUUUCAGAUAUGCUAACACAUGAACUGUUAAGUUAUAUAAAGAAUAAAUACAGAUGCACAGAGAGUAAUACACUGUAAAUACUCAACAGCCAUUCACUGGGUUUUCAUUGGGUUCAGUGAUAUUUGCAAAGGGGCCAAGUCAUAUAACGAGGAGCGAUUAAUACGUCAUUAGGGACCAUGCAGUGGGACGACACAAAACGAUGGACUUGGGUCACAAACUGGCCGAACUUAAACAAACGGCCACAAAACUUACAGGUGUACCAUGAAGCCGCCAUGUUCAGUCCCACUUCAGAAGAGUUGAUGACUUUUCUUUUCAUUGUCCGGUGAAGCUGGUUUUCCUUUUUCUUUUUUUUCUUUCUUUUCUUUGUCAGUAUUAACAGGAAAAAAAAUGCUGAUUGUUUACAACUUCUGUGUUCCACUGAAACAAAAAGAAAAUUAGAAAAAAGUAAAGCAUUCACUGCAACAUUACUUGUUUGUAUAACAGAUGUGGCUCAAAUGAUGUGUAUGUUUUAUAUUUAAAAAAAAGUUCAUUUUUAUUAUUUACAAAUAAAAAGAAUGUGUGGAAGAA